CGGGCGGCGGAGGCUCCAAUGAGCGCGCGCCGCGUCCGGGGCCGGCUGGUGCGCGAGACGCCGCCGAGAGAUUGGUGGCUAAUGUAACAGUUUGCAAACCGAGGGGAGUUGUGAAGGGCGCGGGUUUGGGGGCGCGCUGCCGGCCUCGUGGGUACGUCCGCCGCCGCGUUUGUCCCAGAGCUGGGGCCGCAGGAGCGCAGAGGCACAAUGGCAGCCACCAUCAGGAGGCAGAGGCCGCGGAGGCUAGCCUGUUGGGCUGUGAUGGCUGUGCUCUUGGCCGACCUGUUGGCACUGAGUGACACACUGGCUGUGAUGUCUGUAGACCUGGGCAGCGAGUCAAUGAAGGUGGCCAUCGUCAAACCCGGAGUGCCCAUGGAAAUUGUCUUGAACAAGGAAUCCAGGAGGAAAACCCCAGUGACUGUGACCCUGAAAGAAAAUGAAAGAUUCUUUGGAGACAGUGCAGCAAGCAUGGCCAUCAAGAAUCCAAAGGCGACACUGCGUUACUUCCAGCACCUCCUGGGGAAGCAGGAGGGAAACCCCCACGUGGCCCUUUACAGAGCUCGUUUUCCAGAGCAUGAGCUAGGCUUUGACCCACAGAGACAGACCGUGUACUUCCAGAUCAGCCCGCAGCUACAGUUCUCGCCUGAAGAGGUGCUUGGCAUGGUUCUCAACUACUCCCGUUCCCUGGCUGAGGAUUUUGCUGAGCAGCCCAUCAAAGACGCGGUGAUCACGGUGCCGGCCUUCUUCAAUCAGGCUGAGCGCCGGGCCGUGCUGCAGGCCGCACGCAUGGCCGGCCUCAAAGUGCUCCAGCUCAUCAAUGACAACACCGCCACGGCCCUCAGCUAUGGGGUCUUCCGCCGGAAAGAUAUCAACACCACUGCCCAGAAUGUCAUGUUCUACGACAUGGGCUCUGGCAGCACUGUGUGCACCAUCGUGACCUACCAGACAGUGAAGACCAAGGAGGCGGGGAUGCAGCCGCAGCUGCAGGUCCGGGGUGUGGGAUUUGACCGUACCCUGGGGGGCCUGGAGAUGGAGCUCCGGCUGCGUGAGCACCUGGCUAAGCUUUUCAAUGAACAGCGCAAGGGCCAGAGAGCAAAGGACGUGCGGGAGAACCCCCGUGCGAUGGCCAAGCUGCUGCGGGAGGCGAAUCGACUCAAAACCGUCCUGAGUGCCAACGCUGAUCACAUGGCACAGAUAGAGGGCCUGAUGGAUGAUGUGGACUUCAAAGCAAAAGUGACCCGAGUGGAGUUUGAAGAGCUCUGCGCAGACUUAUUUGAGCGAGUACCUGGGCCCGUACAGCAGGCCCUCCAGAGCGCCGAGAUGAAUUUGGAUGAGAUUGAGCAGGUGAUCCUGGUCGGCGGGGCCACUCGGGUCCCUAAAGUUCAGGAGGUGCUGCUGAAGGCUGUGGGCAAGGAGGAAUUAGGGAAGAACAUCAACGCAGACGAAGCAGCUGCCAUGGGGGCCGUGUACCAGGCAGCCGCGCUCAGCAAAGCCUUCAAGGUGAAGCCAUUUGUAGUCCGAGAUGCGGUCCUCUACCCCAUCCUGGUGGAGUUCACGAGGGAGGUGGAGGAGGAGCCUGGGGUUCGCAGCCUGAAGCACAAUAAGCGUGUUCUCUUCUCCCGAAUGGGGCCCUACCCUCAACGCAAAGUCAUCACCUUUAACCGCUACAACCACGACUUCAACUUUCACAUCAACUAUGGCGACCUGGGCUUCCUGGGGUCCGAGGAUCUUCGGGUCUUCGGCUCCCAAAAUUUGACCACGGUGAAGCUAAAAGGUGUGGGUGAGAGCUUCAAGAAGUAUCCCGACCACGAGUCCAAGGGCAUCAAGGCUCACUUCAACCUGGAUGAGAGCGGCGUGCUCAGCCUCAUCAGGGUGGAGUCUGUGUUUGAGACCCUGGUGGAGGACAGCCCUGAGGAGGAAUCCACCCUGACCAAACUCGGCAACACCAUCUCUAGCCUGUUCGGAGGGGGCACAACGGCAGACACUAAAGAGAACGGUACAGACGCGGUCCAGGAGGAGGAGGAAAGCCCUGCUGAGGGGAGCAAGGAUGAGCCUGGGGAGCAGGCAGAGCUCAAGGAGGAGGCUGAGGCUCCCGCGGAGGACACUUCUCCGCCCCCACCCGCUGAGCCCAAGGAGGAUGCAGCCCCUGACGAAGAAAAGGCUGCAGAAAAAGAAAAUGAAGAAAAGUCUGAGGCCCAGAAGCCAAGUGAGAAAAAGGAAACAGGGUCUGAGAGCGUUCCUCCAGCCCCAGAGGAAGAAAAGAAGCAGAAGCCUGCCCGGAAGCAGAGAAUGGUAGAGGAGAUUGGGGUGGAGCUGGUGGUCCUGGACCUGCCUGACUUACCUGAGGAAGAGCUGGCCCGCUCAGCGAAAAAACUCCAAGACUUGACACUCCGAGACCUAGAGAAGCAGGAACGGGAAAAAGCUGCCAACAGCUUGGAAGCUUUUAUCUUUGAGACCCAGGACAAACUGUACCAGCCUGAGUACCAGGAAGUGUCCACUGAGGAGCAGCGUGAGGAGAUCUCUGGGAGGCUCAGCGCGGCCUCCACCUGGCUGGAGGACGAGGGCUUUGGGGCCACCACCAUGAUGCUCAAGGAGAAGCUGACUGAACUGAGGAAGCUAUGCCAUGGGUUGUUUUUUCGGGUGGAAGAGCGCAAGAAGUGGCCUGAACGGUUGUCUGCCCUUGAUAAUCUCCUCAACCAUUCCAGCAUGUUCCUCAAGGGUGCCCGGCUCAUCCCAGAGAUGGAGCAGAUCUUCACUGAGGUGGAGAUGACAACGUUGGAGAAAGUUAUCAACGAGACCUGGGCCUGGAAGAAUGCGACCAUGGCCGAGCAGGCCAAACUUCCCGCCACAGAGAAGCCUGUAUUGCUCUCAAAAGACAUUGAGGCCAAGAUGAUGGCCCUGGACCGUGAGGUGCAGUAUCUGCUCAAUAAGGCCAAGUUUACCAAGCCCCGGCCCCGACCCAAGGACAAGAACGGGACCCGGGCAGAGCCUCCCCUCAAUGCCAGUGACCAAGCGGAAAAGGUCAUCCCUCCACCAGGCCAGACUGAAGACGCACAGCCCAUUUCAGAACCUGAGAAAGAGACUCGAUCUGAACCGGCAGAUGCUCAGCCUCUGGAGCUGGGAGGUCCUGGAGCAGCGGAACCGGAACAGAAGGAACAGCCAACAGGACAGAAGCCAACUUUGAAAAAUGAUGAACUAUAACCCCCGGUUCCCAUUCAUCCCGCCCCCUUCUCCUACCUCCUCUAUUUAUUAAACAUCGAGGGUCGGGGGAGGGGUUGCUCCUGCCCUCACAGGCUUCAGUUCCUUUUCUCUCACCUUGAUCAGAGGUGUGGAGAAGGGGACGGAAGGGACAGCUCACCAGUUCCUUCUACAGUGGUUCUGUGGUAAAAACUGAAAUUGCUCGAUUUCCUAAUCCCACCCCUGGUUCCCUACCCAUCCAGGCCCUAAUUUGGG